AUGUGGAUGGCUAUUGUGGAAGAAGUGGUUCCUUCCGGAGGGUCUGUGGCCAUGAUAGAUUGGUUAACUUGGGAAGGAGAAGAAGCGGUAUUAGAUACAAAAUUCGAUUCAGAUGGUCCUGUAUUCUAUGAUGGUGCUAUUAUUCCUACUUUUCGCUCGACUACUCUAGAGUUGUACAUAUACUGUUUAAUCUGGGCUGCGCUGGUUGCGGCGUUCGCGAUUUCAACGUUGGCGUUAGCUGUAUCUAUUCGCCACGUUGUUCGUGCAUGCCGUACUCGGCGCUGGAAGCCCGUGAUCGCUGUUGGAAUGCCUGAGUCUGUGGAUAGGAGUUUUUGUGCGGAGCGCUGCAAUGAGAGAGGCGUCUGUUUCGGUUUGGGCGCGGGAGAAUUUAAGUGUGUGUGCUAUGAGGCGGACGACUUUUCCGCUAGUUGUAAUGGUGCGACGACGACGCCGUCUGAAGAAGCCGAGAGGGUAAAUUGGGAGUUAAUUGCGGCUUUGGUUGUGGCGCUCGUCGUACUGAUGAGCUUCCUAGCCGUUUGUUGCGGCUUUUGGAGACGCCGAUGCCGCGAAUGCGUUGAUGGAGGCAUUCGAGCCGUACUCCGCGAGGCGGCAAGAAGAUGUGGCGAGGCGUCUCCUGGGCCACCGGCAGGGGAGGAGAGGAGGGAGAUGCCGGCUUGA